CGCGACCAUCGGAGGCAAUGGAGGCGGAGGCCCCAUGGAGAGUCCUCGAGUUCUACAGCGGCAUCGGCGGCAUGCGGUACUCCCUGGCGUCGUCGGGCGUUCGAGCGGAGGUGGUGGAGGCCUUCGACAUCAACGACGUCGCCAACGACGUCUACGAGCGCAACUUUGGCCACCGCCCCUGCCAGGGAAACAUUCAAACACUCACUGCUAGUGACCUAGACAAGUACAAGGCACACGCAUGGCUUCUUUCUCCUCCAUGUCAACCAUACACACGGCAAGGACUUCAGAAGCAUUCAGCUGAUGCUCGGGCAUUUUCAUUCAUAAAGAUUCUUAACCUUAUGCAGAACAUGAACUUUCCUCCACAAAUGUUGUUUGUGGAAAAUGUUGUUGGAUUCGAGGUCUCUGAUACACAUGACCAGUUGAUAGAGGCCCUUUCAAGUCUCAAUUUCAACACACAAGAAUUUAUCCUAAGCCCCCUGCAGUUUGGUGUCCCAUAUUCUAGACCCCGCUACUUCUGUUUGGCGAAACAUGAAUCUAUGUGUUUUCAUAAUCCAUCAGUCAACAACAAGCUGCUCCGGACACCUACUUGCCUAACAUUGAACAGUAGUACAACUCAGAAUAGCUAUGAACAUAAUGAAGAUGUGCUGGAAGUAGUAUGUAAGCCAGUAAGGGACUUCCUUGAAAUACACAUUAUGAAUACUGUCGACCAGGAUUGUUCAGCCACCACCUCUGACUUUAAGAAGGCUGGUGGAUGCACUCCAAGUGAAACUGGUUCACAUGAUUAUACAGUUCCACUAAGCUUGAUUGAACGGUGGGGAAAUGCUAUGGAUAUUGUCUACCCUGAAUCAAAGCGGUGCUGCUGUUUUACUAAGAGUUAUUAUCGCUAUGUAAAGGGCACAGGCUCUCUACUGGCUACAUCCAAAGAUCACAAACCAGUUCCAAAAGAGAACCUUGACCUUUCUUCACUGAAUGAGUUGGGUCUACGGUUUUUCACCCCUCGAGAGGUAGCUAAUUUGCACUCUUUUCCUUUGAGUUUCUGUUUUCCGGAUCACAUAAGCCUCAGACAACAGUAUGCUAUGCUGGGUAAUAGUCUAAGCGUAGCGGUUGUGGCUCCUUUGCUGCGCUAUCUAUUUGCCGAGACAUAGAGAAGUCCAGUCAGUUGGCGGUUGAUAUUCACCUUGGCCUGCCUUGUGAUACUGGUCAAACUCUUGCUACACCUGAGUUGUGAGUACAAUAUCCGUGGAAUGUUGUUCUGCCUAGUACUGCUGGUCACCAAUCUGCAAAGCCGAUUGCUUCAUUUGGAGUUGUGACCAUACAAUUUCAUAGGGUUUGAAGACUCUACGUUCUAUUCGCUGAUGAUGUGGCGAGUGGCACAGCGAAGAGGAGGAUGUGUCCAAUGCACCAACGAAGCUCUGCCGCGGAUCUAAUGUAUCUUGCAACGUUGCAGUGUUUUCAAGUGUAAUGUGAUGGGAACUAUAAUGUGAUACUCCUAUGUCAUUGCGAGAUUGGAUGCAAUUAUGCAAAGGCCAGUAAUGUACUUACUUGAACGACGUUAUAUAUAUUGGCAUGAGCCUCAACUUGCAACUGAUGAAA